UCCUCUACUCCAUCUCUCUCUUCCUCUAGUCCUUCUUUUCUCCUCCUUUUUCUAUCCGCCUUUCUACCCCUCCAUCUUUCACCAUGACUUCUGAGCGCGAUAGCAAGACGUUCCUCGCACGUCUGUGUGAGCAGGCCGAGCGUUAUGAUGAGAUGGUCCUCUACAUGAAGGAAGUUGCCAACAUCGGAGGCGAACUUACCGUCGAUGAGCGUAACCUUCUCUCCGUCGCCUACAAGAACGUUGUCGGCACCCGCCGUGCUUCCUGGCGCAUCAUCUCCUCCAUCGAGCAGAAGGAGGAGUCCAAGGGCUCGGAGCAGCACGUCACCAUCAUCCGCGACUACCGUCAGAAGAUCGAGAACGAGCUGGAGCGGGUCUGCCAGGAUGUCCUUGAUGUGCUGGACGAGUCUCUGAUCCCCAAGGCCGAGACUGGCGAGUCCAAGGUGUUCUACUACAAGAUGAAGGGUGACUACCACCGCUACCUCGCCGAGUUUGCGUCCGGCAACAAGCGCAAGGUUGCUGCCACUGCCGCCCACGAGGCCUACAAGAACGCGACCGACGUCGCUCAGACCGACCUCACCCCCACCCACCCCAUCCGUCUGGGUCUCGCCCUGAACUUCUCCGUCUUCUACUACGAGAUCCUGAACUCCCCCGACCGUGCGUGCCACCUGGCCAAGCAGGCGUUUGAUGACGCGAUCGCGGAGCUGGACUCCCUGUCGGAGGAGAGCUACCGCGACAGCACCCUGAUCAUGCAGUUGCUGCGUGACAACCUCACCCUGUGGACGUCUUCGGACGGCAACGAGGGCGAGGGCUCCGCCUCCAAGGAGGACAAGCCCGAGGAGGAGUCCGCGGCGGCCCCCGAGGACAAGGGUGAGGAGACCAAGCCCGCCCCCGCGGCUGAGUCGUAAGAGACUUGAGGGAUGGGCGUUUUCCUUAGUGUUGUAUCAAAAACCGCGUUCUUGCUCGGCGUGCCUGAUUUGGACGUUCGAUUUCUCCAGGAAGUACAUGUGAAGGUCUGUUUCUCGCUUUCUAGCUGCGUUGACGGGUUUGGACUGGUUCAUGACUUCCACUUGCUCGGGAUUCGUGUGGACGGCUAGCGGAGUUUGAAGUUUGGAGAGCGCCGGGAAAGGGGCUGAGUGGAAUCUAUCUCUCUUUUACUGUCUCUAUUCCCACCCCAGCAAGAUACAUUGUGUUAUUUCAGCUUUCUCACUAUGAACUCCCUAGUAUCACCUGGUUAAGACCUCAGUAAAUUACGACUAGACACGAAACAAG